UUCCGCCUAAAAAGAUUUCAUUUCAAUUCCGAGGGUGGAUGGCAACCCGCCUCUUCUUAACCUCCUUCCACAUUUUUACUCUCACUCUCAUUUAUUCUUCGUUGCUAACGACGAAAGCUUCGUAGGAACUUGCAUAAACAUUGAACUCGCUCCUCCCAUCCCUCAAGUCAGCAGUCCAAUGACCGGAUAUGAGUCUGUCGACAUUGGGUUGGAGUCUCACGGCAAUCACAGCACCAAGUCAAUGAAUGGCACCCAAUAUACCUUGAAAGAAAUCCUUACAAGCAGCGAUGUUCGUUUACUUCAUGAAUACAUUGUUGAAAAGGAACGCGAAAGACAGAAUAUGGCGAGUGAUCUGGAUAUGGCUGCUAGACUCGGUUUGGCUAUCUCCGAAGCCAACGAAGAGCUGCAAGCAAAGCUAUCGCAACUAGAACAAGAGCGUGAUCAUUUGAAAGCUGAGCUUACUGUUGCCACGAAACAUCCGGUAUAUUCCCCAGAUGACAGUGCGUCCUCUUUCUCUCGGUAUAUGAACGACUUACGAAUCUCUGGAUCGGAAAAUGGCUCUCCAACAUCAGCAUCAGCCAUGUCCCCAAUUGAAGAAAGAAAUAAAUUAAGAGCUGAACUAGACGAAGCUACCCGAGAGCUUACAAGGUUUCACAAGGAAAUGGAUAGUUUAUCGGUGCAAUUGAACGAUAUGGCUGCAGAAAUGGCCGAAUCUCAAAGCAAAGUUGGAGUCUAUUCUAAGCGAUUGGCCGAAGUAGAACAUAGUCUCACCACUACACAAGAAAUGAACGUGAAUUUGCAGAUACUGCUUGAAAAAGCUCUAAAUUCGCAAAAGCAAAGCAAUGCUAGCACAAACCACGUUGUUCGCAAUAUUCAAAGCGAUGUUUCAAAGGUAUUGAAUGAAAACAAUCGCUUGAGGAAUCGGAUAAACGAACUGGAAGAAUACCAGACACAUUGCGAGAAAAAGCUCGUCAAAUUAGUCGACCAGUCCAAAGAAUAUGCUCAUUUACUUCAGCAAGCUCAAGAUGCUAUCUAUCAGAUGAACCAAUACAAUUACACUAGUGAUAUGGAUCCUCCUAUGACAGGCACAUUCACACCGAAAUCACCAAGUCUGGGGUGGGAUGGUACCAUGUUAAAAGAAUCUGAAAUUACAAAGGGACCUGUUUUCUCCGCAGAAUUCAAGCAAGAAAUGCAAAAGGAAAUAGAAAGAGAACUGUCAAUGCGAAAUGAUAUGAGGCAUAGAAUCGUCAAACAUGAUAGCAUGACAUUGGACCGGUCUCAUGCUGCUGAGGGUCUCAAAUACCUUCUGUCGGAGCGAGAGAUAAUGUCUGCUAGCAAUUCUACUAGCACUUCGUCUUCUGUUGCAAGUCGGCCCAAGGUGAAGGAACAAGUCGAGCAACCACCAGCACCGACGCCUCAAAAAGUCGACAGCACGUCUACUAAAAAGCAUCAAGGAACAUCAGAACCAUCUUUCAUGAGCCGUGGUCUUCGACCAUUAUCUUCAUCUAGUGAUACACUUCUUGGUUUAGGAGGACUAGCCCCAUCUGGAGGCUAUGUUUUAAGGUCUAUGCCUCGAGGUUCCGCCGGAUGGACAGCAACAGCAGCCACUGCACGCGGCAGUCCAAGUAUCAGCACCAAGUUUUUCCGUCGUCUUGCUAGUAAUCUCGAUGCAUACGAUACCAAUAACCAUGAAGAUAUCGACGACGAUAUAGACGGCUUAUAGAAAGAGGCUUUUGUCAUCCACUAUGCUAUUUAUUCCAGUUAUGUAGAUUGAUUUUGUAUAUUAUGAAUUGUUUGUAUUUUAGCCCUAUUGAAUUAUGCCUUGGUUCAGAUUCACAUUCCUUGGAUCCUGGCGCAACAUACCUCUCCUCCACCCCAAAAACAUCAACAUCCCAUUAAGCCACAUAUAAUACUAUGAAAUAUAAUCCCUAGCUAAUGCAUUGUAUUUUCAACAUGAUACCUUUCUGACUGAACUUCUUUCC